UUCCUUUCAAAACAUAGCAAAGAAGUUUGGAAUCUCUGUGUUUCUCCAUCUCUUUCUUUGUUGUGUAUUAACAAUAUAUACAUCUUUAUAUAUAUUCGGGCAAAUUAAGCGGAAGAAAUAAAGAGAGAUAUGAAGCUUAGCAGUUCAGGCAUGGAAGCUAAUCAGUCCAGCAAGAAAAAUAGGGUUUCAUGCAGAAGGCUUGGAGGGUAUCUUCGACAACAGAAAGGAAGGCUCUACAUCAUUAGGAGAUGUGUAGUCAUGCUUCUCUGCUGGCAUGACUAAUUUUCCAUUCAUCAAGUCUUCAACAUUAGUCGUUUAUUCAGAGUAUGAAUCUCAUUUCGGGAAAUUAUGACAUGAUAUAUGUGCUUAAUCCAACUUGAAGCAAAUUAGCAACCAUUGCUAGCAGCUGCAGUGAAGUUUUCAGCAAACAAUUAAUCAACUCUCUGCGUCUCUAGAUCUCUCUCUGAUGAUCUGUGCCACCGUUCUCCUUUAUGAUGAUGAGGUGUAAAUAGCAAUGAGAAAUGCUGGUGAUGAUGAAAAUUGUUUUUUCUUUCCUGCAGAAGAAAGCCUUUCUUUUGGGCAUUUGUACUAUAGAAAAUCUCUUAACUAAUUAAUUAGAUAUUCCCAGCCAAUUUUAGAGUAUUU